CCGGUUUGGGGGGUGCGUUGCCCGGAGACGGAAAGUUUGGGAACCGGAGCAGGCUCCGUGGCUGCCCCGGGAAGGGGAUCCUGGGGGCGGCGGCCCUGGGGAUGGGGAAGGAGCAGGAGCUGCUGGAGGCGGCCCGCACCGGGCACCUCCCGGCUGUGGAGAAGCUGCUGUCCGGGAAGCGGCUCUCCUCGGGCUUCGGGGGCAGCGGCGGCGGCGGCGGCGGCUCCGGGGGCGGCAGCGGCGGCGGCAGCGGCGGCGGCCUGGGCUCCUCGAGUCACCCCCUCUCCAGUCUGCUCAGCAUCUGGAGAGGGCCAAACGUGAACUGUGUUGACAGCACUGGGUACACACCUCUGCACCAUGCUGCUCUGAAUGGCCAUAAGGAUGUGGUCGAGGUUCUCCUGAGGAAUGAUGCACUGACCAACGUGGCUGAUUCUAAAGGCUGUUACCCUCUGCACUUGGCUGCCUGGAAAGGAGAUGCCCAGAUAGUGCGGUUGCUCAUCCAUCAAGGGCCCUCACACACCAGAGUCAACGAACAGAAUGCUCUUGAGAUCAAAGAACUCAAAAAGUACGGCCCUUUUGAUCCUUAUAUCAAUGCCAAGAACAAUGACAACGAGACGGCCCUGCAUUGCGCAGCGCAGUAUGGCCACACGGAGGUGGUGAAGGUUCUCUUAGAGGAGCUAACAGACCCCACCAUGCGCAACAACAAAUUUGAGACGCCUCUGGACCUGGCUGCACUGUAUGGGAGACUGGAGGUGGUGAAGAUGCUUCUCAACGCACACCCCAACCUCUUGAGCUGCAACACUAAGAAGCAUACCCCCCUGCACUUGGCAGCGAGGAACGGCCACAAAGCUGUGGUCCAGGUCCUCCUGGAUGCUGGCAUGGAUAGCAACUACCAGACGGAGAAGGGCAGUGCUUUGCAUGAGGCUGCUUUGUUUGGCAAGACCGAUGUGGUGCAAAUCCUGCUGGCUGCAGGAAUUGAUGUCAACAUUAAAGAUAACCGUGGACUGACUGCUCUAGACACUGUCCGAGAGCUGCCUUCUCAGAAGAGCCAACAGAUAGCAGCACUUAUUGAAGAUCACACGCAUGGAAAAAGAAGUGCAAAAGAGGUAGAUAAAACUCCUACACCGCAGCCACCUCUCAUCUCCAACUUGGACUCCAUAUCACAGAAGUCUCAGGGUGAUGUGGAGAAAGCAGUGACUGAACUGAUCAUUGAUUUUGACACAAAUAUUGAAGAUGAGUGUUCCUACGAGUCUCUGUACAAUGCCAUCUCCUGCCAUUCGUUGGACAGCAUGGCCAGCGGGCGAUCGUCUGACCGUGACUCGGUGAACAAGGAGUCAGAGGCAGCAGGAGUGAAAGCAGCAGGAGUGCGGCCUAGGGAACGUCCACCACCUCCUGCAAAGCCACCACCAGAUGAAGAAGAGGAGGAAUGCAUAGAUAAGAAAUAUCUUCCCUUGACAGCUUCUGAGGUCUUGGCCAUGAGACCCCGGAUUCAGGGAAGUGCAGCCAGGGAAGAGGAUGAACAUCCUUAUGAGCUAUUGUUAACAGCAGAAACAAAGAAGCUGGUGUCAGUGGAUGGAAAAACAAAAGACCACAGGCGGAACAGCAGCAGCCGGAGCCAGGACUCUGCGGAGGGGCAGGACGGGCAGGUCCCAGAGCAGUUCUCAGGUCUCCUCCACGGCUCCUCCCCGGUGUGUGAAGUGGGGCAGGACCCUUUCCAGUUGCUCUCUGCCACUGGCCAGAGCCAUCCAGAAGGGUCUGCUGGGCAGGGCGCCUGCCACGAGGCCAGCAUGCAGCUGGAGGAACCGGGUCUGCAUACUACUGGAGCCUCCCUGCCCAGUGUCCUGGACCAGAGUACGAGAGUAGACUACCCAGCAGGCCUGCCCCCCACCAACAGCCAGUCGCACCCCGAAACUUUGACUCACACAGCAUCUGCACAUCCUGGUGGUGCCGAGGAAGGAGAGCGGAGCGGGGCCAGAAGCCGAGCCCCUCCCACCAACAAACCCAAAGCUGAACUCAAACUCAGCCGCAGCUUGUCCAAGUCUGACUCUGAUCUCCUGACCUGCUCACCCACGGAGGACGCUACGAUGGGGAGCCGGAGCGAGUCCUUGUCCAACUGCAGCAUCGGGAAGAAGAGGCUAGAGAAAUCUCCCUCCUUCGCCUCAGAGUGGGAUGAGAUUGAAAAAAUCAUGAGCUCUAUCGGAGAAGGGAUUGACUUUUCUCAGGAACAGCAGAAGAUCUCAGGUUCGCGGACGCUGGAGCAGAGCGUCGGGGAGUGGCUGGAGGCGGUUGGGCUGCAGCAGUAUGAGAGCAAGUUGCUUCUGAAUGGCUUUGACGAUGUCCGCUUCCUGGGAUCUAAUGUGAUGGAAGAGCAAGACUUGCGGGAGAUCGGCAUCAGUGACCCACAGCACCGGCGGAAGCUGCUCCAGGCUGCACGGUCCUUGCCUAAGGUGAAGGCUCUGGGCUAUGACGGGAACAGCCCCCCAUCAGUGCCCUCCUGGCUGGACUCCCUGGGACUGCAGGACUACGUCCAUUCCUUCCUGUCAAGUGGCUACAGCUCCAUCGACACUGUGAAGAACCUCUGGGAACUGGAACUCGUCAAUGUCCUAAAGGUUCACCUGCUCGGCCAUCGCAAACGCAUUAUCGCCUCCCUAGCAGACAGGCCCUAUGAGGAGCCGCCCCAGAAGCCCCCAAGGUUCUCCCAGCUGAGAUGCCAAGACCUGCUCUCCCAGACGUCAUCCCCUCUGAGCCAGAAUGACUCCUGCACCGGGCGGUCAGCUGACCUACUGCUGCCUCAUGGGGACACGGGCAGGAGGAGGCACGACAGUCUCCAUGACCCUGCAGCACCCUCUCGAGUAGAGCGCUUCAGAAUCCAGGAAGAGCCCCGUGAGGCCAAGCUGACCCUUCGGCCCCCCAGCCUGGCUGCCCCUUACGCUCCUGUGCAGAGUUGGCAACACCAGCCAGAGAAACUCAUUUUCGAAUCCUGCGGUUAUGAAGCCAAUUAUCUGGGCUCCAUGCUGAUCAAAGACCUGCGGGGGACAGAAUCCACGCAAGACGCUUGUGCCAAGAUGAGGAAAUCUACUGAGCACAUGAAGAAGAUCCCCACCAUCAUCCUGUCCAUCACAUACAAAGGUGUCAAGUUCAUCGAUGCCUCCAACAAGAACAUCAUCGCAGAGCACGAGAUCCGGAACAUUUCCUGUGCGGCCCAAGACCCAGAGGACCUCUGUACCUUUGCCUACAUCACCAAGGACCUGCAGACCAGCCAUCACUAUUGCCACGUGUUCAGCACAGUAGACGUGAAUCUGACCUACGAGAUCAUCCUGACGCUGGGGCAGGCGUUCGAGGUGGCCUAUCAACUGGCCCUGCAGGCCCAGAAGUCCAGGCCCAUGGGAGCCUCUGCAGCCGAGAUGAUUGAAACGAAAUCUUCCAAACCGGUGCCUAAGCCUCGGGUCGGCAUGAGGAAGUCAGCACUGGAACCACCUGAUACAGAUCAAGAUGCCCAGUCUCAUGCCAGCGUCUCCUGGGUUGUGGACCCCAAACCAGACUCCAAGCGGAGCCUCAGCACCAACUGAGCCACGGAGGAACCAACUGUGCUGCGGAAACACAGACAUGGGGAGCACAGGCUCCUGCCGCCGCCACCACCACCACCACCACCACUGUCUCACCUGCAGCUUGAAGACCCAGGCCCAGCCACUGCCUGGAGGACUCCUCUUGGCUGCUUGGCCUGGGCCAGCCACUGCCAGGCCUUGCAAAGCGAGUCCUACCCUGGUUGCUGAGAAGCGUCCCAGGCCUCUAGCAGAUGAGACUGGAACUCCAGAGGGUCAAGAAGUAACUUGUCCGGAACACAUUUUUUUAGUAGAAGAAAACAUUUUUAUAAAAUGAACUUUUAACACUCGGCUCAAACCUCUAGGUUAAACUGCCAGUCUAGACAAAUGGCCAUAGGGUCACAGGAUGGCAACUUGAGUUUGGCCAAAAGGCAGUCAGUGCAGCCCGCUGGCCUCAGGAUGGCAUCUGGGGGUGGUCCCGUCAGCCUGAGGAGAAGGCCGUAGCCUGUGGGUGAGGCGAAGGAACAGGGGCAAGGGCAAAACUGACGGCUGGGUGCGUUCAAGAGCUGUUGUUCCUUAGGAAAUGCCAGUGUCCUGUGCCUGUCUAGAGCUGGGCCCAGCCUUCAAGGCACCUAGCAAAAGCAGGGGCUGCCAGGUCACUUCUGGGCUUCCAAACGUGAAGUCCCCAGGGCCAGACAGAGAUGAGCAAGCAAUUCAUGGUGCCGUGAUGUCUAAGCUGGUGCCCGUGGCUCAGUGGCCACAGCACGGCUGGCAGCCACCCGGCCCACAGGCCCUGGGGACGCCAGAUGCCCAGGCUGAGUCAGAAAGGUGAAAAAGCAGCUUUGUUUGGGGCAUUAAUGGGUGGGUCAGCUACGAUACCUACCUGCCAGUUUGAGAUUUGUCUGAUCAGGUCUGCGUGAUCAGGGCUUAUUUGGAUUCUCUGAAUUAUUGGUUUAAUUUGUAUUUCCCGCAACUGGGCUCAUCCCUGGCUCCAAGUAUUGAGAAAGCUAACUGAGGCGACGGUCCAUUGGCUUCUCCCCCAGCACGGCCUUUGGGGCAGGCUGGUGUCCUGCUGCCACCUACACCUCCUGCUGACUUGCUUCGUGUUCUUGCUUUGGUUGCGUUUUUCCUCCCGGGGUGUAGUAGAAACGAGGGGGCUAAUAGUUCCAGGGAAGCUGAGGGCAGUUGGCUCAGCUGUUCGUUCGGUCCCAUCCGAAAUGGGUAAGAGGGGAGCAUGUGCCCCCAGGGGUGAUUGAGCAGCCUCUUGCUCAGCUGGCACGGCUGCCUAGUCCUUAAGUAAAUAUUCUAGGCUUCAGCAGGGCUUCUCUUUAAAGGUUGAAAGAGACAGGUUGUGAAUGGAAAUUCUCUGCUAGUCUGUGUGGGCAGGGCGCAGCACGUCCUUAGGCACGUUUGCAACCCCUAUGGUUGACCAAAAAUGGAAAGCAGGACUGUGUCUUCCUGCUGCCUUGAGGCUGGGCCUGGGCAUCAACUCCCCUCUGGAGUGGAGACCAGUGAUCCUCCAGCUUUUUGGUACUAAACCAGGACCUCCACACUGCAGGUUUGACUUCCCUUCCUGCUUCUUCCAGAACCCGUAAGGACCCCGGUAAGGAUCAGCUUACAGUGCAGUAUCCAGCCCCUGCUCCCCGCAGGAAGCUGAGGGGGUGGGUCAGCUGUGCUGAGGUGGCGGUGCUCAUGCGGGGGCCCUUCCUUCUGCCUGAGGAAGGCCAGUUUCCUCCAAGUAGCCUCUCUGGGUAGGUGGUAGGUCCAAGGAAAACUGUAAACACUACAAUGAGCUCCUCAAGCUGUCUUUUUAAGUCAGAGUAGGUAUUUCCUCCCCUUGAAGCUGCUAUAUCGUCUUUAUUUAUUCAGGGUGUUUUCAUAUUGGAAAGCCUUGGUUAGUCUCUCUGGCUCUGGGUUUUAAGAAUGGUUUAUUUCUGAAUGUAACAUUCCCAGGGAGGAAUGUUAGAGCUCUAAGGACAGGCUCCAAGUGGAAAGCCCCUGCUUCUGCGCUCCUGAGAGCAGGUCACAGCGCGGCAAGCCCCUCACUGCGUUUCUGGACUGUGAAGGAGCCCGUUCCGCGGCGCCUGAGCGGGCUCUCUCUCUCGCCUCUCUCCUGCCUGCCAGCGCCGCUGAGCAGUAAGACUGCCUGUGCCAUGCUCCACACUCUGAUGGGCCCUACAGAUUCUGGGGGAUUUCCUUGACAAGCUCAGGUGGAGCAGACAGCAAGCAUGGUUGUGGCUGUUGAGACAUUGCUAGUCUGACCUCGGUCUGUCUUUGAGGUGCCCAGGCCUGCAGAAUGACUGUCAGAUACAGUUCACAAAAGUGUUGCUGAGGGUGUGGCAUUGGGACUGAAUUGUAAUAAAAAUGUUAUUUAAUCGUUGUCUGUAUUUUGAUACUUGAAUGACUUCCCCUUUAUUUUACUGUACAUAUAAUUGUUAAUCUGUUCGAUUUUGUCUGAAUUACACACAUCUUGUGGUACCAAACAUAACCAAUCUGUGCAACAAUAUGGACUGACCUCACUACACGAGAGAGUGUAAAUAUUCCUGGGCUUCCAGCUGUGGUUUUGUUAUUUUCAUAACUGUACAACUUAGAACAGACUGAAUUAAUAAAUGAGAAGCAACAUGAAACCCGCCCUGCUUUUUGGAGUCUUUGAAUUGGGAA